AUGCCUAUCCCUUAUGAUCUCUCUCAUCCUUCUCCAUCCGAGGUCAUAGACAUCGCAGUCACCUACGCCGAGCUUCUAAGGUCUCUGUUCCACCACCCACAAUUCAAAUACCUGGAGCCACCGACCACCGCCGGCUGCAAAAUUGAUUUCGAAUCUACACCCAGGGCUCUCUUUUUCGCCAUGGACUUUGUUCAGAACACUUAUGUCAAACAUGUGAUUCCCUUUCUCCCUGCUGGUGCUACUCUGAAAUGCAAGAUCAUCGCCAAUCCUUGGGCCUUUGCCGACCCCGACUAUCCUUGGGAAUGGGAGUGGGAUGCCGCGACUGGGUCCCUCAAAGGCGCGGAUGGUGAAGCUGUAGAGUUUCCUCGCUUCUCUCAGGCCAAGGCGAAGGAGAUGCUGGGAGACUUGUUCGGGAGGAACUUCUUAGCAAAGAAGGCCAUCUUGGAGAACGGCACGGAUCCAAAGGCGACACUAAUGAUGGGAGGACCAUUUGAUUUUGGCGAGGAAGUGAAAGAGUUGACUAAGAAGCUGGACUGA